AUGAACGAAACACCAGCAAGCAUUAGUAUAGAAACUCUAUUUCACAUUGUAAAACAAGGAGAAAAAGGUAUUUCUACGGAAGAUGUUUCUCAAUCUCCAGUAAAUUCUAACGAUACUCCAAAACAGAUAGUGCAACAAUGUGAUGAUACCCCAGUAUCUGAUAUAACUGAUAACACUUUAAAUUCUAACGAUACCCAUGAAAAGUCUAACACAUCUAAUUCUGAUAUAUACCAGGAUUCAGUGAUCCCCAUAUAUCCCACAGAAACCAUAUCAUUUGCUUCGCAAAGCGACUUACCGGAAUCUGAAAAGACAGUGACAUCUACAUCAUAUGAAUCAAAAACCGUGACAAAAUGUCACGAUCAAAAUAAUGCCCUGGAUAAUACCACUUCCGAAAUACUCGAAUCAGAUAAUCAAAUCAUAGAAGGUUUAAUACAAGAGAUAACCUAUGGCCACGAGCAGAGAAUUGUCUCCAAAAUCAAUCCUUUAUCUUCAAUUAAUGGAAACAAUGAUGAG